AUGCUGGGCUCGGUCAAGAUGGAAGGUCAGGAGGCUCCGGACUGGACUUGCUUCUACGGCGAAGAGGUGUAUUCUCCCAUGGCGGCGGGUCUCGGAAUGGGUUCGGUGUCAGGCUACGUGUCGGCCGGCGGUGGCGGGGCUGCCGCCUUCAACAUGCCUUACGGCGGGCCUGGCGUAAGCCCCGCCCCUGUGUCGGGGAUGGGCGUGUCCUGCCUGGGCGGCGGCGGAAUGGGAAGCGCAGUGAGCCCGUGCGGCAACGCGGGUCAGGCGGCAGCGCAGCAUCACUCUGUGUACGGAAGCGGCGGAGUCAGUCCCGGGGCCCAGUACGGGGGCGGCGGCUUGAGUUUGACCCGGGGCCGUGACGCCAAGCCGCUGAGGCGCAGCUACCCGCACGCCAAGCCACCGUACUCGUACAUCUCGCUGAUCACCAUGGCCAUCCAGCAGGCGCCCGGCAAGAUGCUGACCCUCAGCGAGAUCUACCAGUGGAUCAUGGAGCUUUUCCCUUUCUAUCGCAACAACCAGCAGCGUUGGCAGAACUCCAUCCGCCACUCGCUGUCCUUCAACGACUGCUUCGUCAAAGUGUCCCGUUCGCCCGACAAACCCGGCAAAGGCUCCUACUGGACGCUGCACCCCGACUCGGGGAACAUGUUCGAGAACGGCUGCUACCUGCGCCGCCAGAAGCGCUUCAAAUGCGACAGGAAGAGCCUAGCGGAGGGCAGGAAGGAGCGCGAGUCCGGCGGUGGGUCACCCUGCGCCGACGCACUCAAGCCCCCAGGACUGGCCCGGGGGUCCCCGCUGCCCUCAUCCAGCCGAUGCUCGCCGCCCGGCCCCGAGGGCGGCAAGCUGCCGGGCCCUCAGCUACUGUCCACUCUGUGUUUGCCCCCACACGGCAUGGAUCUGAAGGGCGACGCCCACUACGCCUUCAACCACCCCUUCUCCAUCAACAACCUGAUGUCGUCCCCGGAGCACCACAAACUGGACCUGAGGGCCUAUGACGCCUUGCAGUACACGUCUUACGGCAGCGCCGGUAGGGGCGGCGACCCGCUGGAGGUGCCCUACUACCAGGGGGCUUGCGGCAGAGCACUGCUCAACACCUCCUAG